ACUGACCAACUAAGGACGACCUUACUCAUGUUUUCCCUCGACACUCGACAGCCUACCCACACCCGACCGCCUUCUUCGGCAGGCUUCGCUCCCGCUCUGCGCCCGGACCCACCUCUUCUCACGACUCAUCACGAUUCCCGCUCCGCCAUUCGUUUUUAGAUCUUUACCCAGUAGAUGUUGAUGAUGAUGAUGACGAUCGAAAUUUUGUUGAUUUAAUUAUAACAACAUAUUGGUAUUUAAUUAAGCACUAUAUAUAUUUAUUUAAGUUCUCUUCUUCCGCAGGUUCUAUACACUUGAAUUGAAAGCUAGCGGAAGAACGAGUACGGCGAUGGCGAAACAUUUGAAGCUUCGAAUUUCCCGAUUCUUUCCGACCUUCCACUCCUGCCGUUCCAAAGACCCUUCCACCCUGCCGGAGAAUCCGCAUCCUGUGGCUUCCGGACUCUCUCCGGUGAACCCCAAGGCCAUCGACAUCGAUUUCCCAGCGAAUGCAGCUUGCCCGCACUUUCCACCACCGCUGACCGUCAGGAAUCAUUAUUCUUUUCUGAAGCGCCACGUGUCGUGCGCAAUGGCAUCCGUCACCUGUGGCUGCCGUCCGAUAUCCGGCGGUAGUGGCGGACAGCAUGGAAAAUCCUCCGGUGACAUGCCACAGUACAAAUGGAAGAAGGAAGAUAAGUGGCAUGUUGUUGCGAGAGUGAACGAAGAGAGUCCUCGUCGUAAAAUUUACAACUCGUCGCUACCCGGAGACUCCGAGGAACAUCGACCACCAAUGACGGAAGUGAAGAUGACGAUAAAGAAGAAGAAACAAACGAGUAAGAAAUCGAAGCCCAGGGUUCGUAUCAGUACGUCCUCCACCGAUAGCGGCUGGUUCAGCAGCGAUGGAGGCGAAGAGGUUGACGAUGAAGAAACCGAAACCCUAGUUUGUUCUUCUAGAAGUUUAUCCACGGAUUCUUUUUCAGACUUCAACCCACGUCUGGAAACAAUACGCGAAUCACCCAGCGUUAUGAAAGGUUUAAGGGGUCAUAAGAAGAACAAGCAGAAGAACGUGAAAAAGUUGAAACGCCAGGUUUCCAGGAGUAACGGAGGAUUUGCAUCUGGAAAGACGACGACAGAGUGUGGUUCACCGGAAACAGAAGUGGCGAGAUUGUCGGUGUUCCGGAGAAUGAUACCGUGUGUUAUGGAUGGGAAAGUGAGGGAGAGUUUUGCGGUGGUGAAGAAGUCGGAGGACCCCUACCAGGAUUUCAAGAAUUCAAUGCUGGAAAUGAUAGUAGAGAAACAUAUGUUCGAAGCGAAGGAUUUGGAGCAGCUGUUGCAGUGUUUCUUAUCUCUGAACUCGCGACAACACCACGAUGUCAUCGUCGAUGCCUUCUCUGAGAUCUGGGAGUCUUUGUUCUGUAAAUCCCCGAUGACCAGAUACUCAACUAGUUCCUUCCACUAGCCACUAGCUCGUUCAAAUUCGUACGACCAAAUAUUCUGAUAUGUCUUUCUGGUUUUUCUAUAUUAUAAUUAUAAUUAUAUA